CUGAAGGCACUGUGUGUUGCUGUUGGUGAAGGAUCUUCAACAAUCAAACAGAUAAUGCCAACUAAAUAUGACUUUCAUUCAUUACAAAGGAGGAGCUCUCACAUUUAAUCUUAUUUGCCAGUGAUAUGUGUGGUACUACUGAUAAGUGAGUCUGUUCAAUAUCUCCAGGGCCCUGUCCAGAAACAACUCCUAACUCAUCAGGACCAUUUCCCUUAUCUCAAAAGGUUUCCAAAAGUUUCAAGUCUUCCUAAGGCACAAUAAAGAAGCUGUGUUCCCAUACAGUAUCGCUUGGGGCAGGGUCACAGCCAGACUGUUGAUUCCUGCCAAGGUAGUGUUAUCUAGCUGUGUGAACAUGCAAGCAGUCCCACUGUGAACUUUGGAUCCUUGGGACAGUAAAAGGGGCUGUAAAGAAUGAUUAGCAGGGUGGCUACAGUUCAUAUGCCAUUCAGACAACAAGAUGUACCGGGAGGGGAGAGGACUGAGGAAUAUUUUCUUCCGUUAACAAAAUAGCUACUGUAUACUUUCAGAUUUGAUGAAAGUGGACAAGUAUGAAGUAGCAUUUUAGAAGGCACUGGUUGUGUUAUCAUACAAGUAUGAUAAUCAGUGGUUUCAACAUAGAUUCAGAGGAGGUCAUGGUGUAAAUGGAAAAAACUGGAAGCUCCUCAGAUUCUCAACAAGGCCAAGCAGUCCCUCUUUCUGUGGUCUCAGGGUUGCGAAUAAUCCUGAUCGGAGAGAGAGAGGCGGGGAAGAGUGCUGUGGGCAAUGCCAUCCUGGGCAGAGGGAUGUUUGACGCGUUGGGGGUGAGAACAAGAGAGGCGGUAAAGCGUCAGGGAGAGGUGGCCGAGAGGCAGGUGACGGUGGUGGACACGCCUGGUUGGGAGUGGUUCCCCUCCAGGGGUUCUUCUCUGGGGGUCCGGAGGGAGAUUGUCCGGGGCAUGUCGCUGUGCCAGCCUGGCCCCCACACCGUGCUCCUGGUGGUGCCCCUCUCCUUCUCCUUUACCAGACGGGAGCAGCAGGCGGCCGAGGAGCAUGUGGAUAUGUUGGGGGAGCGGGCUUGGGGGCAUACCGUGGUGCUGUUCACGGUGAAGGGUGGGCGGCUGAAGGAUGCCACCUUAGAGGAGGAGGUGAAGGAGAGCGAGGAGCUCCAGUGCCUGGUGGAGCGAUGUGGGGGCCGCUAUCAUGCCCUCUAUGGGAGGCCCAGGAAGGGCCACGAUGCCGUGGCAGAGCUACUGGAGAAGCUGGACAACAUGGUGACCAAGAACAGAGGGGAGUUGCUCUCCAGCAAGUAGGUACUGGAGGAGGCCAUGGAGAAGGAGGAGGAAGAGGAGAGGAGGCAGCAGGAGGAGGACAGGGAGAGA